CACAUUCCCUCUGUCAGCCCGUCCUCGCUCUGCUGCCUACUCUGCUUACUACGGGAUAUCUGUGAUUGGCUCUGGUCCUGCUCCUUUCCCGCCCCCCUCCGGUGGUUGUAUGUAAAUCUGACCGGGACUUAGCCAGAGGGUGAGGUUGGGGCUGGUGUCUCCCACCUCGGCGACGCACAAAAGAUCCGAGAGCGGACGAGGUGAGAUCACUGCGCUGCCGGAGCUGUCCACUCUGUCGUGGUCCUGAACUCCACAACAUCUCUUAUCCUUCGCGCUGGCUUUACUUUAAUACAUUUGUGGAUAUUUUUUUUAUUUUUAUUUUUUUGGAAAGGAUUUACACAAUCUGUUUCGGCUGCGUAUUUUCCCAAACUUCUCCCGUGGACAUCCCUCUCUGUCCUCACCGGAAAUUACACACCGGCCGUGGAUUUCACCGGCUGAGCUCCAGGUUAUUACUUGGUUGCUUUGAUCAACGAUCUUCUGCUCCUGUUUGGAUUAUCUUUUCUGGAUGUUUUACGGUUGUCCACACAGAAAAAGACCAAUGAAGACAGCCGGAUGGUGGUUGGUUACCAUUUUACUGGUGGGGAUCUCUGGAUUUGGAGCCACUGGGAGAUCCGACAAAGAAGGAUUUGGGUCUCAGCUCUAUCGACCGGUCGUAAAAUUCCGACACAAGGAUGGGAUCCCAGAGAGCUUGAGGGUGAAGGGUUUUAUGGGACACAGGAGCAAUCCAGGUCCAUGUGAGCAUAAGUACUGUGGCCUGGGACGCCAUUGUGUGGUCAACCAUGAGACUGACCAAGGGGAGUGCAGAUGCUUGGAUCAUUGCAAACCACACUACAAACCUGUGUGUGGGUCAGAUGGAAAGCUUUACCAAAACCAUUGCGAGCUCCACAGAGCAUCCUGUCUACAAGGACACAGGAUCACCAUCAUGCACAGCGAAGAGUGCUUCUACAAGGAUGAUGACUGCAGGCUGAAUGACUACCGUCGGCUAAAAACCAAGAUUCUGGAUUUGCAUGACAAACGAUACAUGGGUGCUGCUAAUCAUGGGGCUCACAAGGACAGCAUGACAGCACGGAAGCAACUGGUUGAUUUGAUGUUUAAACGCUUCGAUGCAGAUAGGAAUGGUCUGAUAGAUGCAAGUGAACUCUCACAGGUCAUCAAGCAUGAAGGUCUGUCCAAGGAUAUAUCUGAGUGCACAUUGUUCGACCUGCUGAAGUACAAUGACAUUAACGAUGAUGAGCACCUUACGAAAGAAGAAUUCUACACAGCCUUCGAUGUGUACCUUCUCAACCUCCCAGAUGAGCAGAAAGUGAGCGUCACAACGGUUACCGUUGGCCAGAGCGCUGUGUUGACCUGCGCCAUCACAGGAGAGAGGAGGCCUCCUAUUUUAUGGAAGAGGAACAAUAAGUAUCUGAACUCCCUGAACCUGGAGGACCUCAGUGAUUUUGGGGAUGAUGGCUCGCUGUACAUCACCAAGGUGACCACCACCCACAUGGGUAACUACACCUGUCAUGCCGAUGGGUAUGAAAAACUGUUCCAGACCCACAUUCUGCAAGUGAAUGUCCCUCCUGUCAUCAGAGUUUACCCAGAGAGCCAAGCCCGGGAGCCAGGAGUCACUGCCAGCCUGCGGUGUCACGCCGAGGGUAUCCCCAGUCCACAACUCUCUUGGCUCAAGAAUGGCAUGGACAUAAAGACCAAGCUGUCCAAACAGCUUACUCUGCAAGCUAAUGGAAGUGAGGUGCACAUCAGCAACGUGCACUUUGAAGACACUGGGGCCUAUACCUGCAUAGCCAAGAACGAAGCCGGUGUGGACGAGGACAUCUCUUCCCUGUUUGUGGAGGACUCGGCUCGCAAAACCUUGGCAAACAUCUUGUGGCGUGAAGAAGGUCUUGGCAUUGGUAACAUGUUUUACGUGUUCUAUGAAGAUGGGAUUAAAGUGAUUCAGCCAGUGGCAUGUGAGAUACAGAGACACAUUAAACCCAGUGAGAAGCUGCUGGCUCUGCAGGAGGAGGUUUGCCCCACCUUGCCUGGAGAGGUGUUGCAGAGGUGUGUGUGGUCAUCCGCUGUCAACGUCAAGGACAAGUUUAUUUAUGCAACACAGCCAACCUUGGACCGAGUGCUCAUAGUUGACGUCCAGACUCAGAAAGCUGUCCAGACCGUCAGAACUGAUCCUUAUCCUGUGAAGCUCCAUUACGACAAAUCUCACGACCAAGUGUGGGUGCUGAGCUGGGGAGACAUGGAGAAGAACUUCCCCACACUCCAGGUGAUCAAUCAAGCCAGUGGAAAAGUCUCCCAUCACACCGUUCACACCCAGCCGAUCGGCAGGCACUUCGAUAAGGUGGAAGACUUCUUCAUCCCCACCUCCAGCCUCAUCGUAAACCACAUCAGAUUUGGACUCAUCUUUCAUCGAAAUGAGCCUGUUAUCUACAAGAUUAACCUGGAGACUACAACUUAUGUCAACAACAUCAGUUUGUGGGAGUUUAACUGCAUCCCCAAGUCUGUAGCUUACACCCAUGUGGGGGGCUACUAUUUUGUUAACUGCAAACCCGACUCUACCGGCGCCACACAGCCCCAGCUUAUCUUAGACAGCGUAACAGACAAUGUGAUUGGGCAAAACCGUGAUGUCACAGGCUCCCCUUACGUCUCUCCAGAUGGUCAUUACUUAGUCACAGUGGAUGAUGAUAACGGCCUAAUGAGAAUCCAGACCAUUUCUGAGCGUGGAAAGAUCCAGGAGCCCUUUGACAUCCAUACCAACCUUCACCUGUCUGAUUUAGCAUUCCAGCGCUCGUUCACAGAGAUCCACCAGUACAAUGUGUUUGGCAGCUCUGGCCGUCAAACUGAUGCACUGUAUGUGGAGCUGAUGACCGGCAAAGUCAAAAUGAUCAAGAGCUUGAAAGAGGCCAUCAAGUCGUUUGACUGGCCUUGGAGCAGCAAGAACAGGGUCAUUGUGAGUAGUGGACUUUUCGGGCAGUAUAUCAUGACCCCAUCCAGAGAGUCACUCUUUAUUCUGGAUGGACGUCUCAACAAGCUUAACUGUGAAAUUACAGAUGUUCUCAAGGGCAAUGUGGUUGUAUGGGUCGGGGAUUCUUAGGUCAUGACGUCAAGACUCACUGGGUUUUGUUUUCCUUCAAAGGUACAGUUGCACUGAAUUUUGUUGCUGUUGCUGUUUAAUUUUGUAAGAACAACAGAGUUGAAAAUUUAAUAAUUAAAUGUAUUUGUUAGUCCACUGGGUAAUGGCUGCCAUUGAAACUAUAAAACAUGGAAGGAAUAACUGAUUAGACUGUUUAUAAAAGCUUACCUGGAAAUUUGCUUCUCUCAGAAAGUGACUGCUAUAUGCAACAUUGGGUUUACUAAGUAUGUAAAAAUAUAGUAGGUGACCACCUGAUGAUACUGUAAAUAAAUUGGAAGAAAUUUAUUGGAAGAUUUUAUUUGUCCAGAUCAACUCUCUUGGUUGGAUUUCACCUGCCCCCAACUUUUUCCUUGUGCCUUUAAGGAAAAUACCCUCCAUCUGAGGAAUAAGCCUAAUUAUUCCCAGUGUGGCUGCAGACUACACCUCUUUCUUUGACCCCUUCAUUCAUAGCGAGUGUAGUUCUUCAAGAAUCUGCCUCUCUCAUCAGUAUGUCCGUCUUUCGCAGCCAUGUAUCUAAUUAAAAGGAGCCCUUGCUGUGAUCCCAUCUUGUUUGAAGAGGCGAUGGAGUGCUUCAUUAUGGCAGCACACUCUGUAACCUUUGAUCCAAAUUCAUAACCGGCUUUUGAGGGUUUUGACCACUGUAGUUUCGUUUUGUUUGUCCCCCCCUCCUUUGUAUUCUACAGCUUAAACAUGAGAGCGAUCUGUGAUGCUAAAAUUCAACCAGGGUUAUGCACAAAGUUGUUUCAAAAAGUCUCCCAGCCACAGAAUCAAUGUAGUGAUUGCUGUUAUAACUUCUAUUCCUUGGUCCAAAACAAAGAUCUUAAUGUAUAGUUCGGUGUGGUAAAAAUGCUUCGUCUGCUCUGCUUUGCAGCAUGGUUUCAGUGGAUGUUUUAAAUGUGAACUAAUGAAAAGUCAGAACUCUGGAGGAUGGUGUAGUUGUGGUUUGUGUAGAUGGUAUUUGAGGACACGCCUUGAAUGUUAGAGGCAACUUUUUGAGAUGCUUCAGGAGUAGAUUUGUAGCUUGUCAGACAUGGAAACUGUCACCUGCUGGACACAUUUCUAUGCAUUUUCUCCCUUACCCUCUAACUCUAUAACACAAUGGGUAAUUACUUAAAUUGAGUUAAACCUUUAAAUGUUGGUUUAUUAUAGGAGGCUUUUGUCUUUCCCGUUCACCUCAGUUUGUUUCCUUUUCCAAUCACCUAUUUUCUCUCCUAGAUAUAAGUUGGUAAUGCUGAUUAUGAACCCUGUUCUGUACAUAGCUGCUGACUGUGAAUCCAUUAGUUUUUCAUGCGUGCACACAUUGCUCAUUUUAAAACCAAAUACUCAGCACAGUCCUUUUACAGAAUGAAAACAUUCAACUGUUAUCUUCUUCCUGUUCCUCUGUACAUUGUGAUCAAAGCUUUCAGCCUCAUAUAUCCAUGUUGUAUGUUCCCUCAUGUGAUUGUUGUUUAGAAAAAUAAAUCCUGCUUGUCAUUUUACUCAAUAA